AAGUUUAAAUUAAAAAAAAAGAAACCUAAAAUAAAUAAAAUGCUUGUGAUGUAUUUUAUCGUGUUCAUAGUCCUGCUUAGUCAGGACACAGUUUUCAAUUUGUGUUCUGCCCAAACUGGGCCAGUGGUUAAUACUACAAUUGGCCGUAUUGAAGGCACCAUAAUGGAAAGUUUUCAAGGCAAAAGCAUAUAUGCGUUUCGUGGUAUACCAUAAGCCCAGCCACCAAUUGGAAAUCUAAGAUUUGCUGCCCCACAACCCAUUGAGCAAUUUGAAUAUGAAAUUUUUCAAGCCACCGCCGAUUCAGCAAUAUGUCCACAACCACUUCCAUAUUUCAAUAUGGAUGAGGAUUGCCUAACAUUAAAUGUUUAUACAAAGGAUUUUGAUGCCAAAUUACCAGUUAUUGUCUAUAUACAUGGCGGGGCUAAUGUUCUGGGCAGUGGCAGCAGCGUUUAUGGAGCAGGACCUCAAUAUUUAAUGGAUCAUGAUGUUGUCUAUGUGGCCUUUAAUUAUCGAUUGGGUGCUUUGGGUUAUCUAAGAACCUCUGGUGAUAAUGUGAAAGGCAAUUUUGGUUAUUUAGAUCAAUUGUUGGUUCUAAAAUGGGUUAACGAGCAUAUUGCCAAUUUUGGUGGUGAUCCCGACAAUGUUACCAUUAUGGGCAUGAGUGCCGGCUCAAUAGCUGUCAGUCUUCACUUGGCUUCGCCAUUAUCGAAAAAUUUAUUCCAUCGUGCCAUAUUGAUGAGUGGUUCGGCAACAAAUCAUUUUGCCAAUGAUAAUGCAUAUUGGACACGAAAGUUGGCCAGAGAAAUCUCGUGUCCCAUGUAUGAUCCUGAAGAUGUAGUUGAAUGUUUGCGUGGUGUUACCUGGGAGAAAAUAAUUGAGAUUUGUGGUAGAUGGGAGCCAUACAGUCUUGUUAAUCAAAAAUGGAUAUAUGAAAUUGAUGAUUAUUUUAUGCCCGAACAUCCUACGGCUCUCAUAGAAAAGGGAGAAUUUAAUCGUGUCCCGCUUUUAGUUUCAUUUGCGAAAAAUGAACUCGACUAUUUAGUAAAUUAUCAUUUAGAUUAUCCAUUACUUCUUGAUGAUUUUAAUGUUAAUUUUGUUGAAUAUGCUCCGGAAAUGUUUAUCUUUGACUACAAUUUGACUAGGAGUCAAAAGUUAAAGGACUUUUAUUUAGGCAACAAUCUGACACAAUUUAAUAAUGAAAAUAUUGAAGAUUUGGGAAGAAUCUUUUCGGAUGCCAUUUUAGGACAUGGUAUUUAUCGUCUUGUGCAAUUGGCUAGAAAAUAUACCGAUGUCUAUUACACUCGGAUUGAUUAUGUCGGCCAGCUUAGUACGAUGGCUCCUUUAACGGAGGAUAAUGUCUACAAGGGCGUGGCACAUGGCGAUGAUUUGCAAUAUGUUAUGCCCAGUUUUCUUGAAUUGAUGCCAACAAACGGUUCCGAUGUAUUCAUGAUGGAACGUCUAACAGAAUGGUUUACCAAUUUCGCCAAAACUGGAUCACCAGUAUCGAGUUCUGAGAACUGGCCACCAUGCAAUUCUACAGUCAUGAAUCUUCUUUACAAUGAUGUCAACACCACAUUGGGUCUACCAGCCUAUACGGAUCGCUAUGAGCUCUGGGAUGAACUCUUUCCCACGCCGGGCAGUGCAAAGGGAGGUGCAACUAAUUUAAGUGUCAGCCAACUUAGCGUAUUUAUGAUUGCCAUAGCAACAGGUGUGACCUCUUGGCUAAUGUCAAUUAAUUAACCAAUCUUUCCUUUACAACAGGCUUUACUUUUCUUGGGAUAUUGGGUUUUGACAGUUUAAAGUUUUGGGAUAUUAAGCUUUAAUAAAUGUUUAUUUAA